AUGGACCCCCUCUCCCUCUCCACCUCCCUCCUAAGCAUCAUCUCCCUCUCCAUCCAAAUAACCCAAAUCCUUGACCGCUUCGCCCGAGACUGGAAAGACGUCCCGUCCAGCAUCCGCACGUUCGUGGAUGAAACGAAUACGCUGCUCGUUAUCCUCCAGCGGAGCGAGGAAGUAGUGAUAGAUGAUACGGAUGAGGAGUUUAAUGCAAUAUUAUGUGCAUUAAAAAGGGAAUUGUGGAAAUUGCGCGAUGCGUUGAUGAUUAGUCCUGGGUCGUCGGCGAAGAGGGGAUGGACACGCAUCCUGCGCGCCCUACGCGCAGACUCACUACGCCAAUCCAUGACGCUCGUGGGACGGCACUGCGAGCAAGUGAACCAACUCGUGACUCUCAAAACCGCCUCCUCAGUUCGCGCGUCACGGGUCGAGAUACAGAAGCUGGCAACUCAAGUGUGGGAAUGGCAUCUGGAAGCGCAGUUUGUGGAUGUGUUGGCCUGGGUUUCGCGGGUGGGUUUCGAGGAGAGACAUGCGGACUAUUUGGGGCGGUGGUGUGAGGGGACGGGAGGGUGGUUGCUUGAGGAGGAGGGGUGGAUGGAUUGGCGGAAUGGGGUUGGGGUGAGAGAGGAUGGGGGAGUGGUUGGGGGUGUGUUGUGGUUUUAUGGGAUUCCUGGCGCUGGAAAGACUACUAUAACGUAUGAGUCUAUGGCCAUCGAAAAUCUCAAAACCUCAUUCGCCUACGAUGACGUCGCAAUCGCCUACGUCUACUGCGACUACAAGAACCAAUUUGAACAGAACGCCGAGACUCUUUUAGCAAGUUUAGUAAGACAGGUAACAAUUCAGUCAAAAGAAGUGCCCGAGUGUGCCCUGAAAGCAUACCGUAAACAUGCGAAUGGAGCAAAUCCCGCCUCACUAGCGACAUAUGCAGAACUUCUUUCACAGCUGGUGCCGACCUUUCGGAGAUGCUUUCUUGUUGUGGAUGCUCUUGAUGAGUACGUAGCCAGUGAUGAAACGCCGGGCUCAAACAAGUUUCUAGAUGAACUGAUCAAAAUUGCGAAAUGUGAGCCAAGUUGCAGGAUUCUCAUAACCUCUAGAGAGGAUAGCCUUUCACUGUUCAACUAUGUUGAGUCCACUAAGAUUGAGAUCACGGCAAAGUCAGAGGACGUCAGACGGUAUGUUGACGCAAGGAUUCGGGAUAGUCGAUUUCCAUUCUCGAAGCAAGUCAACAAAGACCCGAGUUUUGCAACAGCUAUCAUAGAAACUCUUGCUGAGAGAGCACAUGGGCAAUUCCUGCUUCCAAGCCUUCACAUCAAUCAUCUCGCAGAGCAAAUUAGCGAAAGGAAAUGUAAAGCACAGCUAAAGACACUGCCAAAUAAAAUCAACGAUUUAUACGAAGCCAGUUUCCAACGAGUAAAGAGCGAACAGCCAGCAGGAUGGGCGACUGUGGGUCUUAGAAUUUUAUCUUGGGUACUCCACGCAGUCCGACCACUUCAAGUUGACGAAUUACGCCAUGCACUUGCAAUAGAAGAUGGCGACGAAUGGUUUAGUGAAGAGGGAAUGUUCGAUGGGUCUCUCGUUUUAGGAACUACUAAAGGACUAAUCACGAUACAGAUGGAUGAAAUACAUUUCGUCCAUCAUACCACUAAGGAGUAUUUCAGCUCAAUCGAUAUUGACGCCUUCCCUGGGGCCGAAAAAGACAUGGCGCAGACUUGCAUAAUAUAUUUGAAGCUCAGGGACUUUGAAGUGGCCUGCGAGCAAGACGAGUUGGUGGAACGGUACCAAGAUUAUCCUUUCCUUCGAUAUGCAUGUUUACAUUGGGGACACCACGUGACAAAGAGCAGCGACAGUGAUCUGAAUACGGAGAUCACUAAGCUCCUUAAACCUGACGCGAUACCACUUGGCUCGCUUCAAGUAAUCUCCUCUAAAGUCUUGAAUUUAUUAUGGCCGUCGCGGAUUCCCCACUGGAAACUACCUCAGCUCCAGAUGGCAAUCGUUUGUGAUCUGGAAACUUUGGUUCAAGAAUUGGUAACUACCAGUCCAAGAGAUGUACUGGAUGAAAAGGGGUACAAGCAAGAAACAGCUUUACAUGUUGCCUCUCGUGUGGGCUCCGUAGACACCGUUAAAUUGCUAAUCAAACAUGGAGCAAAUGUCAAUGCCACCAGCUAUAGUGGCAGGACCGCUUUAGAUGUUAUAAUGGGAGGACCUUGGCUGACAACGAACUUGGAGAUUGCCAGAUUAGAGGACGAGGCAAUGAUUGCCAUUGCUACUAGACAAUCGGGUUCCGAGGAGCCUUUUGAUUUAGGAAACCUUGAAUGGAGAGAUCUUUGGCCGUGGAUAGAGGAGAAUCUUCCAGACACAGAAAAUGGAGAGUUUUUGACCCACUUGGCAGCAUGGCAGAGGAACACAUCAUUGGUUUUAGAUGGAGGAUUUGAGAUGGAUAUGCGUGAUGAAGAUGAAGCUACAGUUAAUAUUCUGAUAGAAAAUGGGGUAGAUGUCAACUCACAAGCCAAUUCGGAACAUUCGCCACUACAACUGGCAGCCAUAUAUGGCCGAUCCAAUUUGGUACGGAAAUUCUUGACAGCUGGCGCAGAUUCUUCAUUGACCAAAGAGAUGGGUUGGACUGCGGAAGAGAUGGCAAGCAAACGUGGAUUUCAUGACAUUGCUCAACUCCUGCAAGAAAGUAUGCAGGAAUCAGAACUGAAAAAAUCCAGAAGGAAAGAAGCCGUAGCAGAAUUGAGUACGCCUGCGUCAGCCAAUGUUCAGUGUCGCGAAGGAGACGAAGUGCUCGGCUACUUCAUAGUACAGGGUGAAGGAGAAACGAGGAUAUUUCGGCGGUCACCAUCUCGUAAGAUUACUGCCAGUAGAUAA